UUGCCAGUUCUUCUCAGUCCUUCUUUGGGGGUCAUUUCCAAUUUCCAAAUGAACUAACAUUUCUCAAGAAAGAAGAAAAUCACCACCAAAAGUGUCACUACUAACCAUUUUUGGUGUGAUCAGUUUUCGAUCUUCGGGGACCAUAAGGAAGAAAAAAAAAAAGAAAAAUGCAGCUUCACAUAUCUCCUAGUCUGAGGCAUGUCACAGUGUUUCCAGGGAAAGGAGUGAGAGAAUUCAUCAAAGUGAAAGUCGGGUCGAGGCGGGUUUCGUACCGAAUGCUCUUCUACGCCCUCUUGCUCUUCACAUUUCUUCUCCGGUUUGUGUUUGUCAUGACAGCAGUUGACACCAUUGAUGGAGAAACCAAGUGCUCUUCAAUAGGUUGCUUGGGAAAAAAGCUAGGGCCAAAGAUUUUGGGAAGAAGGCACGAGUCAAAUGUCCCAGAAGUGAUAUUUGAAGUACUAGAAGAACCCAUCAGUAAGGAUGAAUUACAAGGAAGAUCUGAUAUUCCCCAGACUCUUGAAGAGUUCAUGGCUGACAUCAAGGACAGCAAAAUAGAUGCAAAGAGCUUUGCUAUAAAGCUUAGAGAAAUGGUCACCCUUCUUGAACAAAGGACUAGAACAGCCAAAAUCCAAGAAUACUUAUACCGCCACGUGGCGUCGAGCAGCAUACCAAAGCAGCUUCAUUGCUUAGCCUUAAGGCUAGCCAAUGAGCACACCACCAAUGCAAAUGCACGCCUGCAGCUCCCCCCGGCAGAGCUUGUCCCGGCCCUCGUUGACAACUCCUACUUCCACUUUGUCCUCGCCUCUGACAACGUGCUUGCCGCCUCCGUGGUUGCCACGUCACUCGUGCGCAACUCGUUGAGGCCUGGAAAAGUUGUCCUCCACAUCAUUACUGAUAGAAAGACUUAUUAUCCAAUGCAAGCAUGGUUUUCCUUGCAUCCUUUGUUGCCUGCUAUAAUUGAGGUGAAGGCAUUGCACCAUUUCGAUUGGUUUACGAAGGGGAAAGUGCCGGUUUUGGAAGCGAUGGAGAAGGAUCAGAAAGUAAGGUCUCAAUUCAGAGGAGGGUCAUCAGCCAUUGUGGCAAAUGAGACAGAGAAGCCUUAUGUUAUUGCAGCAAAAUUGCAGGCACUUAGUCCAAAAUAUAACUCAGUUAUGAACCACAUAAGAAUACACCUACCAGAGUUGUUCCCUAGCCUAAAUAAGGUAGUCUUCUUGGACGACGACAUAGUGGUUCAAACUGAUCUGUCGCCCCUUUGGGAGAUCGAUUUGAAUGGGAAGGUCAAUGGAGCUGUGGAAACAUGUAGAGGAGAAGACAAGUUUGUGAUGUCAAAGAGGCUCAAGAGCUACUUGAACUUCUCCCAUCCUUUGAUAUCGGCGAACUUCAACCCUCACGAAUGCGCGUGGGCUUAUGGCAUGAACAUCUUUGAUCUCGAGGCUUGGAGGAAAACCAACAUAAGCCACACAUACCACCAUUGGGUUGAACAAAACUUGAAAUCAGACCUAAGUUUAUGGCAGCUUGGAACACUACCCCCUGGCCUAAUAGCAUUCCACGGCCAUGUUCAAGUUAUUGAUCCCUUUUGGCACAUGUUGGGACUUGGUUAUCAGGAGAACACAACUUUUGCUGAUGCCGAGAGCGCCGGGGUCAUCCAUUUCAAUGGCAGAGCAAAGCCUUGGCUAGACAUAGCAUUUCCAAACCUCCGGCCAUUGUGGGCUAAAUACAUCGAUUUCUCCGAUAAAUUCAUCAAGAGCUGUCAUAUUAGAGCAUCUUAGGCUGAGUUUUUUAGAGGAAUACCUUGAUCAUAAUGGUGAGAAAUUAACUCCUUUGUUGUAUAUGAGAAAAGGAAAAGAGGAUGAGAAAGAGAGUUCUUCCCCAAGUCAAGGUCUUUGAUCCUCAAUGCAAGAUAAAGAGAGCACCACGGCUCUGGUUCUUUUCUUCUUUGGAGUUCCCUUAUUUUAGCCCAUUUUAGUUCAUUUCUUCUGUUGUUGAAUAUUCCAAAAACCAUUAAGUUUAUUUAAGCAAUAAAACUCUUGUUAAUACUCUGCAUUAGUGAUGCAAAAUCACACUCAAACCUGUUAAGGUGUGUUAAAAAUUAGACGCCCUAGCUCUACAUUACUGAGAGCAAAAAAAACACAAAAGAAAUCAAGCA